AUGUUUACUUCACCAAUUUUAAGAUCAACCAUCGCUUUAUCUGGUCAAGCUUUGAAAACUCAAGCUCCAAAACAAAUUAGAUUCACCAUCAACCAAUCAAAUGUCAAACAUUUCAUGACUAUUAUUGCUGGUAGAGUUCCAAGAGUGCUUCAAUGGGGUACUUUAGUCGGUUCUAUUUUAUUCUGGCCUCAUGCUGCUGCAUAUUUUGUUAAAGCUACUGGUGGUAUAACAACAUACCUUCCAGCAGAACCAAUGACUGCUGCUCAAGAAGAAUAA